GCUCUCAACCAUGCCCCAGUAUCUCUCAUCAACUUGCUUGCCUCUCAAGCAUGAAGCACCCAAUCCUUUUUAAAGUCUUGAUAAGCCCCUUUCACUUCAUUCCUUUCCAUUUCUAUAUCUGCUGUUUUGAAAGCGUCAAAGAAAAGACUUAUGGCUUCAUCAAGCAUCUACUCGAAUGGGCUUAGAAUUGCUGUGUUAAUUCUUAUAUUUUCUGUCACUUCUCUACCCUCCAAACCAGCUGGGCUGGAACUCUCAAGUAACGAUGAGAGCUUGAAGCAAAGAAAACUAGUGUUGGGUUCAAGACCUCCUCGCUGUGUUAACAAGUGCUUGAGUUGUAGUCCCUGCAUGGCUACUUUGGUUAUCCCUCCUCACCAGAGGAGUUUCAAGUCUUCUUCUCAAGGAGAAGAUGGCAGCUAUUAUCUUCUCUCCUGGAAAUGCAGAUGCGGAAAUAAGCUCUUCCAGCCCUGAUAUCUAUGUAUGCAUUUGUGGUAUGUGGAUGUCCAUAUGGUAAAUGAUUAGCAAUUUUCCUAUUUUCCUUCUUUUGGAUUUAGAUAGAAAUCCCAAGCACAAGUAAAGGGGGGGGGGGGUUGUUAUAGGUCAUUGAAAUCUCUCUCUCUCUCUCUCUGUAUGUGCUGAGACAUGAUGCAUACAACAUAUGUUUCUACAUUUCAGAGCAAAAGUCUGCAACCUUUUGAAA